AGCGCUGCGCAGCCGCGGGGAGGCCGCCGCGCAUGCGGGACUCACAAGGCUGCAGCCGGCGCCGCGGCCACUCCCGGGAGCAUGAAGGACCGAACCCAGGAGCUCCGCACGGCCAAGGACAGCGAUGAUGACGAUGAUGUCACUGUCACCGUGGACCGAGAUCGCUUCAUGGACGAGUUCUUUGAACAGGUGGAAGAGAUCCGAGGCUUCAUUGACAAGAUCUCAGAGAACGUGGAGGAGGUGAAGCGGAAGCACAGUGCCAUCCUGGCCUCCCCCAACCCUGAUGAGAAGACAAAGGAGGAGCUGGAGGAACUCAUGUCCGACAUAAAGAAGACAGCAAACAAAGUGCGCUCCAAGUUGAAGAGUAUUGAACAGAGCAUUGAGCAGGAGGAAGGCCUGAACCGCUCAUCCGCUGACCUGAGGAUCCGGAAGACACAGCACUCCACACUGUCACGGAAGUUUGUGGAGGUCAUGUCUGAAUACAAUGCUACACAGUCUGACUACAGGGAGCGCUGCAAGGGCCGAAUCCAGAGGCAGCUGGAGAUCACUGGCCGGACCACGACCAGUGAGGAGCUAGAGGACAUGCUGGAGAGUGGGAACCCAGCUAUCUUUGCCUCUGGGAUCAUCAUGGACUCAAGCAUUUCAAAGCAGGCCCUGAGUGAGAUUGAGACUCGGCACAGUGAGAUCAUUAAGCUGGAGAACAGCAUCCGCGAGCUGCAUGACAUGUUCAUGGACAUGGCCAUGCUUGUGGAGAGCCAGGGGGAGAUGAUUGACAGGAUUGAGUACAACGUGGAGCACUCAGUGGACUACGUGGAAAGAGCCGUAUCUGACACCAAGAAGGCUGUCAAGUACCAGAGCAAGGCGCGCCGGAAGAAGAUCAUGAUCAUCAUCUGCUGUGUGGUCCUGGGCAUUGUCAUUGCCUCCAUCUUUGGAGGUAUCUUUGGAUAGAAACUACCCCACCUGCCACUCCACUCUGGAUGGUCCACCCUAAGGAAGCCCGCUGGCUGCUGACGCCCUUCGGCUCGGAACCUCUCCUUCCCACCCCAUACUGCUCCUUUCUGUCACAGGGCCCUCCAUACCACCCUGCCCUGAGCCGUCGUGUGCAUGAUCUUUGUAACAGUGUGCAUCUGUACAGAGGCAGAGGGGAGCCAGGCUGGGAGACAGCCAGUGGGGUGGGGACUGGUCAGCAAGGGACAGACUCAGGCCCUGGCCCAGGCUGCCUCACCCUUCCCAGGCAGGGCUGCCCAAGGUAGCCAUGCUCCCCUCUCCUCUGCCUUUAGUAAUUCCACUCCUAAUCUGGGGUCUGCCCUCUCUGGGCAUCAAGACUCUGGAUCCCAGCCUUGCCUCCUAUUGACCCACCCAUCUGCCCUGUCUUCUCCAGCUGUCCUCCUAAGCCCAACCCACUGAGGGGUGGGGACCAGCUGGCCACAUGGUGCUGCUUUUCAGGUUAAGGGAGGGAUGGCCCUGAGAGACAGCCCAGCUCUAAGCCUCUUAACAGCAAGUCACUGCCAGGGAGGCUCAGGGUGCUGUGGCCAGGUGGCUUCUGGCCAUGUCAAGACUGGGCUCCCUCCCCUACCUAGGGGCAGAGUCCAACAGGUCUUUCACUGCCUCAACCUCCCUUCCCACAUUCCUGGUCUCCAGCCACCCUUGGAGCUAGGGAGGCAGAGCAGGCCCCAGUCAGGCCAAGCCCAAAGCCUGGGCCAGCCGUUCUCCCCAGCAGGCCUUAGUUAGGUCCUCAAGCCAUUGUGUUGCAUGUUUGGGACGGUGGUCUCUGCUCUCUUGUGCUCUGGGAAGUCAGAUGUCACUUUAGGCCUGCAAUCCCACCCUCCCCUUGCUUAUCCCCCAUUGAUGUGCCACAUUGAGUGUCAGGUGUCUUGGAUGCAGUAUUCAGCAGCUAGCCAGGGAGGGGUACCUCCCUCCCCACCAUCUUGGGGCUUUUCACGUCAGAAAUGUGCCCCCACUUCAAGACCCUUCUCUUCCUCGUUGAGGCAAGGAGUGUGCAUGCAAGUGCAUGCGGUAGGGAGUGGGGCCCAUGUCCGAGCCUCACCUUCCCUCAGCUUUGCUCCUGCCCAGUGACUGUGACCACUGUCCGUGUUGCCUUCUUUAAUGACUUCCCUGCCCCCCUUUACCCC